CAAGGUAUUAUGGUUAAGGCUGAUUCUGUAUUACUAGAUGCACCUCGUGACUAUAUAAAAAACACAAAACUUUUUCAGAUCAAUGCUGUACCUAUAAAUUUUAUAAAUUUAGCAGUUCAAAAAGAAAAAAAAAAAUGCCAAAAGGAAACUUUAAACAUUUGGGCAAUAGCAAAUAAAUAUGAAAUUGAACUGAAACAACUGAAAACAGUGACCAGAUAUAUGAUUAGUACAAAAGCUCAUAAUAUUGCUACUAAACAAGAAUAUCAUAUCUUGUAUUCUGAUAUUCAUGAGUGUAAAUUUUCUCAUAAGUGGGUUGAUGAAUAUGUUGAAGAACAACAAAAUUUUUUAUCUUAUGUUUUGUAUCUGCGAACUGAACAUAAUUACCCUUUAAACUUAAUUGGAAACAUGGAUGAAACCCUAAUAGCAUUUAAUAUGCCAAUAACCCUUGCUUGUCUUGCGGAUAGUACUAAACUUCCACUACUUAUUAUUUUUAAAUUAGUAAAUAUGCUCCGAGAACAGUUUCCAGAUAGUGUAUAUGUUCGUGCAAAUCCAAGUAGCUGGAUGAAUGAGAAAGAAAUGAUUUGCUCUAAAGAUAGUUCAAUUUUUGAUUUUGGGAAAAUCUCAGAUGAAAAAGGAAGGAUUAGUAUCAAAGAAGAGAAAGAAAGUAAUGAAUUAAGUCCAGAAAGUGCAGAAAAUGAAAAUGAUAAAAAUGAUCAUGAACACAAGUAUUGUGAAUACUAUGAAGGUGAAGAAGGAAAUUACAUUAAUAUUUGGAAUUAA